AUGUGUCACGUAUGGGACGAUAUAGUGUCGGAUGAGCUCAUUCUGUUCUCCUUCUGGGUGGGUAUGUAUACACCCAACGCACGUGGUUUCGGCUAUAAGGAGUACCUGCGCCUGUUCCUAUUGGUUUAUCAAUCGUUUGCCACUCCGGACGAAGUACUCAAUUUCCUGUGGGAUCG